UCCCCAUGAUCCCUCAACUAGAGAGGCAACAUCCUCUAGCUACAGCGAGGGGAAGCUGGCCUCACUGGACUCUCCGCUCUGCAACAGGUAACACCCUAUCUCCAAACUCUGAGCCAGAGUUCCGAAUCUGCAACCACUGCCAUCCACUUUUUCAUCUGCGUAUCAGGAAGUGAAAUUUAUCAGUCAGGCAUCUCUUGGGAUUGUCUUUUAGGCACAUUCUCUUUCUGUUUGACCUAAGGAUUUGCCAACGAACCUGAGGGGAGAGGUGUGAUAUUUUUCCAGUGAGAGGAACAGACAGCAACAAACAACUCGGAAUCACUUUCAGAAAAGGGACGGGAGGAAAAGGAGAAAAAGGGAACGAUGAUGGAAUUGAGGAUCCAGCUGAUCCCUACAGGGGAAAUCAUCCUUCCUCCAGGGAAGAACGGAGAAAACUACUGCCACUGCUGCAAGGUGGUGGCGAGUGACGGGGUGCGGGCUAUGAUGGAGUCGGCCCUGACAGCCAGAGACCGGGUGGGCGUGCAGGACUUUGUCCUGCUGGAGAACUUCACCAGCGAGGCCGCCUUCAUAGAGAACCUGCGCAAACGCUUCAAAGAAAACCUCAUCUAUACAUACAUUGGUUCAGUGCUAGUGUCAGUUAACCCAUACAAAGACCUGGAGAUCUACACCAAGAACCACAUGGAACGAUACCGUGGAGUCAACUUCUACGAGGUUUCACCACACAUCUAUGCAGUGGCAGACAACUCGUACCGCUCCAUGAGGACAGAGAGAAAGGACCAGUGCAUCCUGAUCUCUGGGGAGAGUGGCGCUGGGAAGACGGAGGCGUCAAAGAAGAUCCUGCAGUAUUAUGCCUUCACCUGUCCAGCCAGCGAGCAGGUGCAGACCAUCAAAGACCGCCUGCUGCAGUCCAACCCUGUGCUGGAGGCCUUUGGCAAUGCCAAGACCUUGCGUAACGACAACUCAAGCCGCUUUGGCAAGUACAUGGACAUUCAGUUUGAUUUUAAGUACCCCAGCCUUACCCUCUCCUCCUCUUACCCUUCCUCCCCCCUCCCUCCCUGGUCUUUCUCCCGUCGGCAGGGUGCCCCAGUUGGAGGCCACAUCAUUAACUACCUGCUGGAGAAGUCCCGUGUGGUCCACCAGAACCACGGGGAGAGGAACUUCCACAUUUUCUAUCAGCUGAUCGAGGGAGGGGAGGAGGACCUGCUGAGAGCCCUGGGCUUGGAGAGGAAUCCUCAGCAGUACCAGUACCUGGUCAAAGGUAACUGUCCCAAAGUGAGCUCCAUCAACGAUCGCAGUGAUUGGAAGAUGGUGAGAAAAGCCUUGACUGUGAUUGGCUUCAACGAGAACGAUGUGGAGGAGUUGUUGAACAUAAUUGCCAGUGUGCUCCACCUGGGGAAUGUACAGUACGGCGGGGAAGAAGGCAAUGUCUGCAUCACUUCUGACACACAGAUAAAGUACCUGGCCAGGUUGUUAGGAGUGAAUGGGGCAGUGCUGACAGAGGCACUCACACACAAGAAGAUAAUUGCCAAGGGGGAAGAGCUGAUGAGCCCGCUCAACUUAGAGCAAGCGUCAUCAGCUCGGGAUGCUUUAUCCAAGGCGGUGUAUGGACGCACCUUCACCUGGCUGGUUAACAAGAUCAACGCUUCACUGACAUAUACGGAUGACUCCCACAAGAAUUACUCUGUCAUUGGCCUGCUGGACAUCUAUGGCUUUGAGGUCUUCCAGCACAACAGCUUUGAGCAGUUCUGCAUCAACUACUGUAACGAGAAGCUGCAGCAGCUCUUCAUUGAGCUCACCCUCAAAUCAGAGCAGGAGGAGUACGAGGCUGAAGGCAUCACGUGGGAGCCGGUGCAGUACUUCAAUAACAAAAUCAUCUGUGACCUGGUGGAGGAGAAGUUCAAAGGCAUCAUCUCCAUUCUGGAUGAGGAGUGUCUGAGACCCGGAGACGCCAGUGAUGUCACCUUCCUAGAGAAGUUGGAGGACACUGUGGGAGGACACGCACACUUUGUCACUCACAAGCUGGCUGAUGCAAAGACCCGAAAAGUAAUGGGCCGUGACGAAUUCAGACUGCUGCAUUACGCUGGAGAAGUCAACUACAAUGUCAACGGAUUUUUGGACAAGAACAACGACCUGCUCUUCAGGAAUUUAAAAGAGGUCAUGUGUAUGUCAGAGAACAAGAUCCUGAACCAGUGUUUUGACAGAGAGGAGUUGAGUGACAAAAAACGUCCUGAAACGGCAGCCACCCAGUUCAAAGCCAGCCUGGCGAAACUCAUGGAGAUCCUCAUGUCGAAGGAGCCGUCGUACGUCCGCUGCAUCAAGCCCAAUGACUCCAAGCAAGCAGGUCGAUUUGACGAAGUCUUGAUCCGUCACCAGGUCAAGUAUCUGGGGCUGAUGGAGAAUCUGAGGGUGAGGAGAGCCGGCUUUGCUUACAGACGGCGCUAUGAGGUCUUCCUUCAGAGGUAUAAGUCCCUGUGUCCAGAUACAUGGCCUAACUGGCAGGGCAAACUGGCUGAUGGAGUGGCUACACUGGUCAAACACCUGGGAUACAAGCCAGAGGAGUACAAACUGGGCAGAUCCAAAAUCUUCAUCCGUUUUCCAAAGACGUUGUUUGCCACCGAGGAAGCACUUGAGACCAGGAAACAUAGUCUUGCCACCAAGCUGCAAGCAGGAUGGAGAGGCUACAGCCAGAAGUCCAAAUACCAAAAACUCCGAACCUCAGCUAUUGCCAUCCAGGCGUGGUGGAGAGGGAUCCUGGCCAGGAGGAGAGCCCAGCGCAGGCGACAGGCUGCCGAUACUAUCCGCAGGUUCAUCAAAGGCUUCAUCUACCGCUACAAAGAGCGCUGUCCAGAGAACGAGUAUUUCCUGGAUUAUGUGCGCUACUCCUUCCUCAUGAAGCUGCACCGGAACCUGCCCAAGAAUGUCCUGGACAAGAGCUGGCCGACACCUCCAGCUGCUCUCUCUGAGGCUUCCGAGCAUUUGCGUAAGCUGUGCAUGCAGAACAUGGUGUGGAGCUACUGCAAGAAGAUCAGUCCUGAGUGGAAACACCAGAUGGAGCAGAAGAUGAUCGCCAGUGAGCUCUUUAAGGACAAGAAGGACAACUACCCACAGAGCGUGCCCAAACUGUUUGUCAGCACAAGACUCAAUGGUGAGGACAUUAACCCCAAGGUGGUGCAGGCUCUGGGCAGUGAGAAGAUGAAGUAUGCAGUGCCAGUCACCAAGUACGACAGAAAAGGCUACAAGGCUCGGCCCCGCCAGCUGCUGCUCACCGCCAACAGUGCUGUUAUCAUUGAGGAGACCAAACUCAAGCAGCGCAUCGACUACGGAGCGCUGAAAGGUAUCUCAGUCAGCUCUCUCAGCGACGGCUUGUUCGUUCUGCAUGUGUCCAGUGACGACAACAAACAGAAGGGAGAUGUUGUUCUGCAGAGCGACCAUGUGAUUGAGACCUUGACCAAGAUUGCGAUCUGUUCUGACAAAAUAAACAACAUCAACAUCAACCAGGGCAGUAUAACGUUUACAGUGGGUCAGGGGAAGGAGGGGAUCAUAGAUUUCACGCCCGGAUCAGAACUACUGGUGGCCAAGGCUAAGAACGGACACUUGUCUGUGACGGCUCCCAGACUGAACUCCAGAUGAUGGCCACUCUGACACACAUACUGGACACCAGGACUUAUGUGCUCCUGACCUCUCCCAUCCUCCAAUCACAUGACCGCAGACCCCGCUCUGCCUAAGCCAAUCAGAUGCCCGCUGUCACUACAUGUGCUUCCAAUUU